UAUUAACAUUUACCAACCUUUCCUUCUUCUUCUUCCUAGCUCCAAACUUUAAACUCCCUCUCCCUAUUCCCUUUCUUCGCUUAUGUCCUACGUCAUUGACAUAGCAGAGACUUGUAUUAUUAUCACCAUCUCUUCUUAACUUCCAAGCCAUAAUAUUAUCGAUAUUCCAUGGCUUCUACAGAUUACGUAUCUCAAAAUCAUUUAUUGCUUAAGCCAAAAGAAGCCAGUUUGAUUGAGCUGAUUCGUCUAUUGUAUUCACCUGAAUUAAAAAAAAGAUGCUUCAUUGAGUGCUCGGAGGAAGAAGGAGAGCAAUCAAGAGACUUCCGUCGAAGAUGGAUAGUCUUCGUUUCGGUUGUGGCGCAGAAGCUCUUUCUUAUCCUGAAGGAACCUAUGGCUAUGGUUGGCGACGUGCUUGAGUCGUGGCUCAAUCUUCUAGCAGCCAACGGAGGCUUUCUUGCGCUCUUGAGAAACUAUUUCAGAGGAAACUUGGUGAGGCUGGAUCAAUCAUCAUCUGCAUCUAUAUUGGGACAUCUUGAUUGGCGAGUGGAGCUAGACAAGAACAUUGAACCUAACGACGAAAAGUAUAAAGGGUCUCUAUCCAUGAUGGCAGCCAAAUUGGCUUACGAGAAUGAAUACUUUAUUACUAGGAUAGUGCAAAAUCAUUGGAAGAUGCGAUUCUUGGGGUUCUACAACUUUUGGAAUUGUUACCUAGAGAAACAUUCAACACCAGCUUUCAUAUUUCAGGACAAAAUAAACGACCCUAAACUGAUCGCCGUAGCAUUCAGAGGCACCGACCCGUUUGACGCCGAUGCAUGGAGAACAGAUUUCGACAUCUCAUGGUACGAGCUCCAGAACGUCGGAAAGAUCCACAGAGGCUUCAUCAACGGCAUCGGCCUACAACAGGACAACACGUGGCCCGCCGAGCUAGAUGAUCAUGAUCAACAAGGCGUCAAUGGUGGUCAACAAAAUCGGUCCUUCGCUUACUACGAAAUCAAGAAAAUGUUGAAAGCUAUGUUGCAAGAGAACAAGGACGCCAAGUUCAUAGUGACGGGUCACAGCUUGGGCGGGGCGUGGGCGAUACUGUUUGUGGCGGGGCUCGCAAUCCACAACGAGGCCUUGUUGAUGGAUAGAUUGGAAGGGGUUUACACUUUUGGACAGCCUAGGGUUGGGGACGAGCACUUUGGAACUUUCAUGACAAAAAAACUGCAAGACUUUAAUGUCAAGUAUAGAAGGUACGUCUAUUGCAACGACCUUGUGCCGAGAAUACCUUAUGAUGACAAAACCCUAUUGUUUAAGCACUUUGGACCUUGCCUUUACUUCGAUAGCUACUACAAAGGGAAGGUUCUUUCCGAGGAGCCAAACAAGAACUACUUCUCUUUGGUAUGGUUGUUGCCAAAGUAUAUAAACGCAGUUUGGGAGUUGAUUAGGGGUUUCGUAAUACCAUUUAUAAAGGGUUCGGAUUAUAAGGAGAAUUGGCUUAUGAGAAUGCUAAGGGUUGUCGGUUUAGUUAUUCCGGGAUUAUCAGCUCAUAGUCCUCUUGAUUAUGUUAAUCUUACCCGACUGGGAUCGUUGCCCUCACUUCCAAGCCUCAAAUACCUAAUUCGUCAAGAAGAUUCGAAAGUUGAAUGAUGCAUGCAAUCUGUUGAACGUUUACGUAGAAUGAUCUAUAGGAAACCUUAUCCAAAAUAUUCCCAUUAAUGGGAAGUAACUUUUAUCAUUUACAGGAGAGAAUUAUUUGUAAUUUCAUUAGGUGCCAUUAUACAUGUAUACAUAUUUGAUUUUCUUUCCCA